AACCUUCCAAUUUGAUAUAAAUAUAUUUAUCCUCUUUUGAAAUAUUUGUCAUCAUAAAAUUCAAAAUUUCCAGCCAAAAAGAAACUCCAUUAAUGGCUCUUCCAGUCGAUAUCGAAGCUCUUGAUAAAGCCUUCUCAGGGAUUGGAGUGGAUGAGAAGUCACUAAUCUCUAUACUAACAAAUUCAAACGAGGAACACAAAAAAUCCCUAAGGAAGGGAAGUUCCAAGUUGUUCAUUGAGGAUGCUAAAGGAUUUGAACGAUCGGACCAAUCUUCCAUUAAAAUUCUCAAACACCAAUUCAAGCGAUUUAGGGAUGCUGUGAUGCUUUCAAUCCUACACCCAUGGGAAAGAGAUGCUCGUUUGAUUGAAAAAGCAAUAAGAAAGGGCCCAAAACACUAUAAUGUGAUAGUGGAGAUGGCAUGUACAAGAUCAUCAGAUCAAUUAUUGGGUGCUAGGAAGGCUUACCAUUCCCUCUUUCAUCACUCCAUUGAGGAACAUCUUGUUACCCACAUUAAAGGUCGUGAGCGUAAGCUGUUGGUGGCACUUGUUAGUGCUUACAGAUUUGACGGGCCUGGUGUAAAUGAAGAUGUUGCAAAAUCAGAAGCUCAAAUCCUUUACGAAGCAAUCAACAAUGGCGAAAAAAACAAACUUCUCGACCACGAAGAUGCCAUCAUGAUCCUGGCUACCAGGAGCAAGCAACAUCUUCAAGCACUGUAUCAACACUACAACCAAAGCUAUGACAAGACCCUUGCUCAGGAUCUCGAAGGUGAGGGAAUUUUAAAAGAUACCGUAGAAUGCCUAUGUACCCCUCAAACAUAUUUCACCAGGGUAUUGGAAGCAGCUGUGAAGGAGGACGCAGAUGAGGAAUCAAAAAGAGCACUGACUCGAGUGAUUGUUACUCAAAAGGAGCAGCUGGUGAAGGAAGGCUUUGUUCCUAAUAAAAUUCAAGACAUUCUUUUAGGGCUUUACAAGGAUUUCAUGCUUGCCUCCAUUGCAAGUGGCGAUAUCAAAUAAACACGAAACCCCACUCUUAAAUCAUUCAAUAAAAUUAUGAAUUACCUUGGAUUCCCCUAUGAAUUGAUAUCGUCCGAUAGUUGUUGUUGAUUACGACACAAGUGCCUUGUGCUUGUAUAAAGGCUGGAUUUUCAAGUAUUGUUUAUCUCAUUUCCUUCACCAGAAA